AUGAAACGCUUCGGUGGCACUGGAGCAUUGAACGAGUAUGAAGCGUUCGCGGCGGUCCACCACACGGGCUCUCUGACCGAGUUCGUGGCAGCCUUUGAGCCGCGCCUCGCGCAAGUUCCGGAUAUCUCUUGUCAACAGUAUCUGGGUUUCUUUAUGGCGGCACUCCGCCCGGAGGUCCAGCUUCAGAUGAAGGCCUCCAAAAUAACCACGUACAAGGAUGCAGUCGAAUUGGCUCUUGAUAUCGACUUGAUGGCGUCGGCCCAGCCGCAGCGGCCGGCCCCGUCUCUGCCUCACGCCCAGUCCCACCCCUACACAACUCAAUCAGGCCGAUCGAACUCCAAGGGGUACUCCCCAAACCCCACGUACUUAACGGCCUCGUAUAAACCGGUGUCCAAGCGUUUCCGUAACGUGUCCCCGGAGGAGUAUAGGAGACACAUAGCAGCAGGGACUUGCGUAAAAUGCGGCCUUAAGUUCGGACCGGCCCAUCGAUGUCCCCCCAGGACCCUCAACGUUAUGAUCUGCGAGGAAAACGACGAUGCGGCCACUGAGUCCGACCCCGAGGACGCAGAGAUUUUGGAGACCGGGGCGGAACCACAACUCUCAGUGUUGUCACUAAAUGGCUUGGACACGGCGAAUACAAUGAAGCUAUUCGGAAAAAUCGCUGCACAACAGUUAAAAGUCAUGAUCGAUAGCGGCGCAAACUACUGCUUUAUAUCGGAGGAGUGCGCACUACGUCUCGCGCUGCCUAUUACCCCUACCUCACCCUACUCCGUGGUGCUAGGCGACAGCUCAACACGCCGCGCGUCAGGGAUGUGUCGGACCGUACCACUAACCUUGGAGACAGAGGAGUUCGUGGUGUCUUGUUACGUGUUUCCCCUCCGGAACAUCGACGUCAUUCUGGGAGUUGCAUGGCUCGCAUCCCUCGGCGACGUCAUGGCAAACUGGCAACGAGCAUCCAUGGAUUUCAGAGCACACGGCCGGCUGGUCUCCCUCAAGGGGGACCCGUCCCUCAUGCGCCGAGCAUGCUCCACCCACGACCUCCGCUACCUCGAGGAGGGGGACUGUUGUUGGGUCCUCCGACCCAUGGAAAAGGAGGCCACGACAGAGCCCUUCGGGAUGGAUUCGACCCUAUCGGCAGCUGCCAAGUCACAACUACUCGAACUGAUCGGGGACUUCCCGGCGACCACAAAGGAAAGCGUCGGUCUACCCCCGCACCGCCGCACGGACCACAGAAUCCCGCUCCUUCCAGGUACCGACCCCGUUUCGGUCCGCCCCUAUCGAUAUAAUCACUUGCAAAAGGACGAAAUGGAAAAACUCGUCGCAGAGAUGCUGAGCUCGGGAGUGAUCCAGCCCAGCACCAGCCCCUUCUCGAGCCCGGUCCUCCUAGUCCGCAAAAAGGACGGCUCGUGGAGGUUUUGCGUGGACUACAGGAAGCUUAACAAACGGACGGUACCAGACAAAUAUCCUAUUCCAGUGAUCCAGGAACUUCUCGACGAGUUGCACGGGGCCAAGUGGUUCAGCAAAAUUGACUUGAAGGCGGGGUACCACCAGAUUCGAGUGGCACCCGAGGACAUUUCGAAAACGGCUUUCCGCACCCACUCCGGCCACUACGAAUUUCUUGUCAUGCCUUUCGGCCUCACCAACGCACCAGCUACGUUCCAGAGCCUGAUGAACGACAUUUUCCGACCGGCCCUUCAGAAAUUUGUGUUAGUUUUUUUUGACGACAUCCUCGUCUACAACGCGUCUUGGGCGGCUCAUCUGCGCCACCUCCGACAGGUCUUCGAGGCGUUAAACACACACUCGCUCAUCGUCAACUCGAUGAAAUGCCUCAUAGGCCGGACUAGCGUUGAGUAUCUCGGCCACAUCGUGUCUUUCGAAGGAGUGCAAAUGGACCCGGCUAAGAUCUCGGCUAUUCUUCGUUGGCCGAGCCCGACGUCUUUGAAGGGAGUACGCGGGUUCCUCGGAUUGACAGGUUACUAUCGGCGAUUAAUCAAAGACUAUGGCAAGAUUGCAGCCCCGUUAACUGAGCUCCUGAAGAAGUCACCUAUUUCCCAAGCCAGGAUCGUUUGGACAUGGCCAACGGCGGCAGUUACCGCCUUCGCCUUCCUCAAGUCCGCACUGACGACAGCCCCUCUGCUCCGAAUGCCAGAUUUUACGAAGGAGUUCGUAAUUGAGUGCGAUGCUUCGGGCAGGGGCUUGUGGCCGUCCUAA